UAGUCCACUGAUGACUAAACAUACAUACGCCGCCUUAUUCUUCUCACCAGUAAGCGCUGUGGUUAGCUGGCGUUAAAACCUUCGACCUAAACUUCCUACCAAAUUCUGAUCCCAUUCAGAUCCCAGACUCCAGAAAAUUUUCACAUCCCAAAAGGAAAAGAAAAAAAAAAGCUCAGAAAUUUGAAGUUCAUAAAAAAAACAAAAAAAGGAUGAGUCUUUGGACAAGCUUUGCAGAUUCAACAACCCACUACACGGGUUUAUCCCCGACAGCAUUCUUCACAAUAUUAGCAAUGAUGAUUGUAACCUACAAAAUAGUAUGCGGGAUGUUCGUGGCAGGAGGGGAUUACAUGGAGGUCAAAAGGACAAAUGAAUAUGUAAUCCGAGAGCCCGUACAGUUAGGGGAUCAGGUGACCGAGGAAGAAUUAUCAGCCUAUGAUGGCAAGGACCCUAACAAGCCCUUGCUUAUGGCCAUCAAAGGACAGAUCUAUGAUGUUUCCAGAUCAAGAAUGUUUUACGGUCCUGGUGGUCCCUAUGCCUUGUUUGCUGGGAGGGAUGCAAGUCGUGCCUUGGCUCUCAUGUCCUUUGACCCUAAAGAUCUCACCGGAAACAUUCAAGGUCUCAGCAAUUCUGAGCUUGAAACCUUGCAAGAUUGGGAAUACAAGUUUAUGGAGAAGUAUGUUAAGGUUGGGCAGCUUGUUUCUUCCCACAGGACUACUCAAGAAGCUGGACAAGAAAGUGGAGACAAGAAUGAAAAUGCCCAGGGAAAUGAAGCAGAGUAAGAAGCCCUCCUAGAAGCCUAGGUUUUUUUUCCCCUCUACUAAAUUACUCUAUUGAAAUUAGUGAUUCAAAUAUGAACGUUGAUAUAUUUUGAGUCAAUUGCCAAUUCAGUAUGAAGACGUAAUAUGUUGGCUACUUUGUUUUGUACUAGUAUUUUGAUUUCACAAUUGCAAUACAUGAACUGCAAUUGUCAAUGGAUCAAACAGAAGACUACUAGUCAUAUUUACAGUGAGUUGCAAGCAAGAAAUCAAACUCAGUUACCAUUGGUUACAGUGUUCAAGAUUGACCUUGUAUUAAUAACAAAGCUUGCAGCCGUAUUAUUAAGAAGAGCCUCCUACUGGGUAGCGUUCCAGUGGACAAGAUUGACACAGUAUGAAGAACCGAAAACCUUGUUUGUCCGAACCCCAGCCGUACUAUCAAGAUUGAUUGGAACUUGUACGAAGUUUAGUGUAUGAAACGAUGGUUAGGAUUCCAAGUUGCAACAUUGAUUGUGACUUACAAUGGUUCCUAGUUCAGCCUGCAGCCAAUGCCAUGGAUUGGCUUGCAUUGCUGCAACAACAUCUGCAGUUUAUGUAUUAUGUUAGCCCAUCAGGGCUUCACGGAUGCUACAAGAAAUUUUGGUUUGAGCA